AUGGCUAGCAAGGCUGCGCAGAAGCGGUUGACCCGCGAAUACAAGACGAUAUCGGAGAACCCGCCUCCUUAUAUCACCGCACACCCGUCCGAGUCCAACAUUCUCGAGUGGCACUAUAUCCUGACCGGACCCGAGGAGACUCCUUACUACGGCGGUCAAUACUGGGGGACCCUCAUCUUCCCUCCCAACUACCCAUUCGCGCCGCCCGCAAUUAGAAUGCACACGCCCUCGGGGCGAUUCCAGCCUUCGACGCGCCUGUGUCUCUCCAUCUCCGACUUCCACCCCAAGUCAUUCAACCCGGCCUGGGAGGUGUCCACAAUCCUGACGGGCCUCCUCUCGUUCAUGACGAGCGAGGAGAUGACUACCGGAUCGAUAUCGUGCAGCUCCGUGGAGAGGCAAUACCUGUCCUCGCGGACACGAUGGUGGAACUCUACCGGUGGCGGGUCCCACGCCUCUGGCAGCACGGCCACCAAGGGCAACAUCAAGGCUGGCGACGGCGGCGCCAAGUUUAGGCAAGAGUGGCCCGAACUCGACAAGGAGAACUGGGAGUGGAUCAAGGCUAAGGAGAUCGACCCGGCUACGGGCCAUCGCAUGGGGGGAGAUAAGGAGUCGUCGCCGUGCGGACCUCACCUCGCCCGCGUUGGGCCGUCGGGCCACCAGACCCAGGCCGUCGUCGACGCAGUCGUCCAGCAGAGGGACGCCGGGCGCGGGUGGAUCUCUCGGAAUAGGCUUCUUGCCGCCGGCGGCAUCCUGUUCCUCUACGUUCUUAUUGCCAGGCUUCUCAGCGGCGACAGUCUCUCAUGA